GCCGGACGCCCGGUGCCCCGCGCCUGCGCAGAAGGGUCGUGACCUCGCUGCCUGUUGGCGCCUCUGGUGACUAUUGGGGCGUCCCCACUCCCGUCCCCCGCCUGAACGGCAGCGCCAGGCUCCGGCCCGCUGCUGGGCCAGCGGCGGCUGCGCGGGCGUUGCCAUAGCGACAUCCCCCCGGCCGGGACGAUGGAGGGGCCGGCAGAGAGGGGCGGCGCGGAAGGCCCGGCGGGGACGAUCACGGAGAUUCGGGCGCCGGGCCCGCGGCCGCUACGGCUGCUGGAGUGGAAGGUGUCGGUGGGGGCGGCGGUGCAGAUCGGGUCGGUGCUGGCGCUGUGCGCUCCGGUGCCGCCCGCCCCCCGCCCCGCCGCCGGCCCCACCACCCCGCCGCCCGCCGCGAGCGGCGCCAGCACCCGGCCGCAGCGGGCCGGCCCGGAGCGCAAGCUGAAAGCGGAGCGGCCCGGCGUGGUGCGGGAGCUGUGUGCGCGGCCCGGACAGGUCAUUGCGCCUGGGGGUGUCUUGGUGAGACUGGAGGGAUGCAGCCAUCCUGUUGUUAUGAAAGGCUUAUGUGCAGAAUGUGGCCAGGACUUAACUCAGAUACAAAGCAAGAAUGGAAAGCAGAAUGUGCCAUUAUCCACAGCAACUGUGUCUAUGGUUCACAGUGUCCCAGAACUUAAAGUUAGCUCUGAGCAAGCUGAGCAGUUAGGAAGAGAAGAUCAACAGCGACUACAUCGAAAUCGAAAACUGGUGCUCAUGGUAGAUUUGGACCAGACGUUGAUCCAUACUACAGAACAGCACUGCCAACAAAUGUCCAAUAAGGGAAUAUUUCAUUUCCAGUUAGGUCGAGGUGAGCCUAUGUUGCAUACUCGUUUGCGUCCUCAUUGUAAGGAAUUCCUGGAAAAAAUUGCCAAGCUGUACGAAUUACACGUUUUUACUUUUGGCAGCAGGCUGUAUGCACAUACAAUUGCAGGAUUUUUGGACCCUGAAAAGAAACUUUUUUCCCAUCGGAUAUUGUCAAGGGAUGAAUGUAUUGAUCCUUUUUCUAAAACUGGGAAUCUUAGAGAUCUCUUCCCAUGUGGGGAUUCCAUGGUUUGCAUCAUUGACGACAGAGAGGAUGUUUGGAAGUUUGCACCCAAUUUAAUAACUGUGAAGAAAUAUGUAUACUUUCAGGGCAUAGGAGAUAUUAAUGCACCUCCUGGAUCAAGAGAAAUUCAAAUGAAGAAGAAAGUAAACCACUCUACAAAAGCAGAGGCACUGGAUUCAACAGUGACAUCAGCAAAAGAUGCUGAAGAAAUAAAGAAUGUUACAUGUGUAGAAGAACAAAGCAAUGGUCUCAAGAAAGCUGAAAAGGACACUUGCACUGCAAAUGGAAGUACUUCUGUAAGCAGUGAAACAUCUGACUGGGAUAUGAACUCUCGUGAUAAAGUUAAUGCCCAGGACUCCUUAAAUGCUAGUACUGAUCAGAAAAUGGACAGUGACGUCAGUAAUGAUUUGACAAAUACAAAAGAAUCUCAGAUUUUUUCAGAACAAGUUGAUAGAGCAGUAAUAGAGAAGCAGGAAACCCAAGGCAAGACAACAAAUGACUUGGACUUUGAGCUGUCUAGUGACAGUGAAAGUGAUGGUGGAUUGGAUACCAGAAAGUCAUCCCCCUCUGUAUCAGAUAGUGAGAAUGAGGAAAAGAGAAGCUGGAAGAAAUGCGAACAACCUCUGGAGGAUGAAAGCUUGCAUAAAGGGAGUUGCACUGAUGAAAGUGAGAAAAAAGAUGGUCUGGUGAACCAUUCUGGAGACACACAAUCUCUGCCUACUGAAAAUAUUGGUGAGAAAACUGAUCUUGAAGCACAAGAAGAAAGUGAACAGGAAAGCCUUUGUGAUUCAGGAAAUGGAUGUGCAGACAAGAAGGAAGCUGAAACAGAAUCUCAGAUUAGUGAACAGUCUGGAAUUACAAUGGGUGAGUCCUUAGACCAGAGUAUGGAGGAAGAAGAGGAAGAAGAUGAUACAGAUGAUGACGACCAUUUAAUAUACCUCGAAGAGAUCCUUGUGCGGGUUCACACUGAUUAUUAUACGAAGUAUGAUAAAUACCUGAAAAAAGAGAUUGAGGAAAUUCCAGACAUCAGAAAAAUAGUGCCAGAACUGAAAAGUAAAGUGUUGGCAGACGUAACCAUAAUAUUUAGUGGACUCUAUCCAACAAACUUCCCCAUUGAGAAAACACGGGAACACUAUCAUGCCACAGCACUUGGAGCUAAAAUUGUGAAGAAUCUAGUACUAAGUGCUGAUGAUCCUGACAAGGCAACGCAUCUCAUUGCAGCAAGGACAGGCACAGAAAAAGUCCGGCAAGCUCAGGACUGCAAGGACCUUCAUGUCGUGAACCCUGACUGGCUGUGGAGCUGCCUGGAGCGCUGGGACAAGGUUGAGGAGCAGCUCUUUCCUUUGAAGGAUGACUACAUCAAAACACACAGAGAGAAUAGCCCUGCCAUGUUUCCUGACACACACAGCACAUUUCAGACAGCUCUGUUUCACCCAACGCCAAUCCAUCCAAAGUCUCAGCCUGCUCCUGAAGUUCGACUUUAUGAUCCCAACACUGGAAAGCUGAUCAGGAAAGGUGCUCAGACCGCUGGCCAAUCAAUGUACAUCCAGUCUCCAGGUCCUCCCAUCACCUUACCAGUCCACAGAGAACACUCAUCCUUCAGAGUUGUUCAACCACAUCAGCAGCAGAUGUUUGAAGAAGACAACCUACCAGCAAGUGAAAAUGAAGAGCAGCCUGGUCCAUCUAAGCGGAAACGCCAGCCAAGUAUGUCUGAGACAAUGCCCCUGUACACCCUAUGUAAAGAGGAUUUAGAGAGUAUGGAUAAAGAGGUGGAUGACAUCUUAGGAGAAGGAAGUGAUGAAAGUGAUAGUGAAAAAAAAAAGCCAGAAGAGAAAGGUGAAAAACCUCAGAUGAGUGCAACAGAGACUCUAGGAAUGAAAACAGACCAGAGACCUCGAUCGUCGUCAUCAUCAUCAUCAAGUGAAAGAAGCUUAACAGGCAGAAUACCCAGAAUCAUAAGACAUGGGAAGGGGAAGACUGAAACCCAUGAUUUCCUGGGCAUCAUGGACAUAAGCUAUCUUCUGUGCAUAAAAAAUUAAAAUAACAAUAUCUGUAAGAAGAAAUUUUAGGUGAUUGCUGUCUUGUAUAUGUGAUGCAAAUAAAGCAUUUUGAAGGGAAUAGUUUUUUAUAGAGAAACUGCCAGAUACUAAUACCAAGAGAUCAACUUUUAAUAUAUAGAGUCGUAGUUUCUUCUUAUCUUAAUCAACUAUUUUAAAGAAGCGGGGGGGAAGGAACUGAGGAAUUCUCUCCAAAACCCAGGCAUCGCUUCUGAGGGAUACACCUGGGUCAGAUGGAAGGAUCUGUGCUGCUCUUGACCUGUUUUGCCCUGAGACUUCAUCAGUGAAUUUUGUAGAAAACUGACUGUAUAUUCUUAUUAAAAUGUAUUUCACAUGCUUUUCUGGAAUAUAAUCUUAUAUAUUCUUUGUGUAUAUCUUUAAUGCUUAAGAAUAAAUUGAAUACUGAGAAAAUGAGGGGAUUUAAGAAAGGUAUGUUGCAUGAUUAGGCAAGCUUUGUGCUUGCAGCUUCAUUUGGGAAGCAUGCAUUACUUGAGUUUUCUUUUAGUAUGAUUCUUGAUGGUGACAUAUUUUUCUUAUUUAUGUAGUAAAUUAAGAGAUUAAACAACAAUGCUGACAGCCAUUUACCCUAGGUUUCUUUUUAACUUGUAAGAGUAAUGGAAAUUAUGAUGCAUGACUAGCUCUCAAAAAUGUCACUGUCCAUGCUGCAAUGGGAAGGAUAUAAGCGUGGAAUAAACUAGUUUUCAGAGAGUGAUACAGCCCUUAGAAGGACAUAGCAAUUUUUUUUCAAGUCCCGUUUUGAUUCAAAAAAUGAAAAGCAGCUGCUUUUGCCAUCUAGAGUUUGCAGUAAGAAAGUCAGUUUUGCAAGAGACUAAGGAUUGUCUGACAAGUGGCUUGUCAUGGGUAGAAAUUUAGGGCAAAUAACAGAUUAAUGCUGUUAUUUUGGCAUAACUUACUGUUCCAUAAUGAAAUUGGUUGCAUGAAAUACAGAUUAGAGCUGGUCUUUGACACCUUGCCCUCAAACUCUUGUUUUUAAAACUUUGAGUUCAACAAACAUGGGUUUGAGUGGGAGAUCUAUAUCAGAAAAACAUGGAAAAUUCUUCAGUAAAGCUUUUCAAAUGUGAUAUAAUUCUCUGAAAUUCCAGUUUUUCAGUUAUUGAACUAGGCUUACAAUUCAUGUCAAAAUUGAGAAACAAUUUUUAUUUGUGUAUAUAUAUCUGUAUAUAUAUAUAUAUAUAUCUCCUUGCUAUAUUCUUGCGUAUAAUUCUACAGAUCUCUUUUUCUUCUUCCUCUUUGUCAGAGAUGUAUCCUGAAUUUUUUCUUUCUCCUUGAUAACAUAGUUUUACUGUGUUGAAAUUCCUAAUAUGCAGAGAAAGAAGAAUGGGAUUUUGCUGUGCAGGGGGAUGUUGCAAUACUCAACCCCAUUCCAUACCCAUUUACAAGAAUAUCAAACCUCUCAAAAUUACUGAAAUAUGACUGAGAAAAAAUAAGUCUAACUAGAUCUGUUGUGUAUUCAGAGUUGCAUAAAUCAGUAGGGAAACAAAGGUAUGUUUAUUCAGCUGUUGAAGAAGGUCCUUGUUCAAAGAAUCCAGCCACAUGUCUGUCAUUAAUAUACAUAGCACAAGGCAGAGAUGUAAAGUCUGCUUCAGGAGAGGUCACGAAAGGACGUCGUUCACUUUAUGUACAAUGCUGCUUAUAGAUUCCGAAAUAAUUUGAGCUGCUAACUGAUGAGUUAUUGCAAAGGCCUAAUAUGAUAUCUGCAUUUUGGAAAGCCUCAGAUCAUUAACUGAAUAAGACAAAAAAAGUCACAGGAGAGAACUGCGAGAGUGUAAACUUUCACACAUUGGGACUAUUAACUAGAGCUAAAAUUAACCAAGGUGCUGGUUCACAUUUAGAGCAGGAGACUGAAAUGGUCUUGUAUUUCGCUACGUUUCCUACAAGGAGCAAGUGCACAGCUUGUGCAUGUUUGCUCGUCCUCCUGGAGGCUUUCAGAAAGUGAACUGAGCAAUCUGAAAGUUCUCUGGCCCAACCAAGCAAACCUUGGCACAGAAUUAAUGCAAAAAGCAACCAGCUUCACUAUACUAUGGGCUGCCUUAGAGUGUGUGUGUGUCACAGAGACACCCCAAAAUGACCCCAAGCAAAUGUAAGCUUGAACCAGCUUUAACUCAGAACCAAAACUGAGCAGACUGAAACCCAUGCAAGCAGAGAGGUAAUCCAAAAUCAAUAAACACUCCAGCAGCACUUAAUAAGCUGCAGGUUCAAUAUACCAGUUGAUGAUAUUAUUACUGUACAACCACAGAAGAAUGAUGAUCCACAGCGUGCGUGCACUUGCAAAAAGAGACCUCUCUCACUCAAGGGUACCCAGAAGAAGUAAUUGCUUGCCUGGGGGGAGGAAGGGCUUGGUCAAGGGUGUGUCCAGAAGAAAAUAAUCACUCACCAAGGAGAAGGUGAGGGCACUCAAUCCUGGCAAGUCUUCUUGGAUGGUUUCCCUGAUCUAAGGGGAGGGCUCUGUUCGCAGUCCUGCUGCUCUGAGAAGACCAUUCAGAGAGUCUUUGGCAGGGGUCCCCUCCAUUUUAUAGGCUGAUCGGAUCUGGCUGCAGUCUGUACAAAUGAGAUCCAGAAGCUUCUCUUGGCCUGGGCACCUCCUUGGCUGAGGAUCCUGUCUGUUGACUGAGGGUCAUGCCCCUCCUGCUCUCCCAGGAGUCACCUGGGGUGGGGAUGUGAUGGUCUGCAUGGAUCGAGGUAAGUACAUGAGGACAACCACAGUAGGACACAAAAGUGCUAAAGAGCCAUCAGCUGUUAUGUUGAAAGCUCUGGACCUUACUGGGGUGUGUGCAACUGCCACAGCAGGUUAACCUCAAGGCAGCUCUUUAAGGUGUAGCUGGGCCAUUCCCGCAGUCCUAAAGUGUUGCAGUUACAUGUGUUAUAUCCAUGGCACCUGUCCUAAGAGCUGGCUCUGCUCUCUGGUGUGCAAGAUCAAUGCUUACUUGCUCUCCAAAGGCUGCUUGUGGCCCGCUCACACCUGCAGCAGCAGAAGGUGUGGGAGUACACUGCUGUCUGUUGUUGUAUGGUCAGUGAUGGUGAUCUUGUCCUUAUAAACUUCAGUAUUAUCAGUAGUACAUAGGAUUUUUUUCAUAAAUCUUACGUGGCAGGUACUAUAGCUGAAGUUCAAGGGGACUGACUGGUUUUUAUUGGUUUCUCCCAGGAUGGUUCUUUCUGAAGAUAAUAUCUUAUUUGCUUCUAUUGUUCCUAAAUUACUUUAAUAAAUUGUUUCUCAGUAACAUAUCAAAUGUAAACAGCAGCUAGUUCUUUUAAUCGUCUUCCCUUUUUCUAAGUGAUUUUUUUUUUCAAAAGUCUCUCUGUAUGGAUGCAGUGUUGCUUUUUUUGCCAAGUUUCUUUAGCAUUUGGCUAUAAGUGAGGUGUUUUCCACUUUAACUAUCAGCUAAAUCUAAUCAAUUUUACAUUUAAGAAUAAUCUAAGUUUUUAUAUUUCUAUAGAUUUUUUUUAAUCAUUCCAUAGCUGAACAGUGGUUUUUUGAACUUGUGUGAGACACUUCAACAUGCUUCUGUGGUAUCUUCACGUUUCCCUGCACAAUAUGGAGGACUCAAAUCAUUGCUAAAAAGCAUGUAAACUGCACAAGACUGCUUUUGUCACAAAGUGGUCAUUUAUACUGUCUGUGUUUUUGUUAGAUCAUGUCAGAUGGGAAGUCUGAAAAAUGCUUUGAAAUACAGCCUGGUUAGAGUGACCAUCUGCCUUCAGCUUAUUUUACUGUCUGCUGUGAAAAUAGCUAGAAGUUGUUUAGAUGCAAUAAUUUAAUAUUAUCCAGUCCAGGUGUGUCUGUAUGUGCAGUUAAUAUAACUUGAAUUGCACAUGACCAUGUAUAUUAAGCUUGUAUCUAUUAAUGGACAUAGUAAUUAUUCAACUGAGACCGGGAAGAGGAGUGCCUUUAGAAAAGUGAAAAAUAACAUAAACUUCUCUUAUACUGUUUGUCAGUUACAAAUUUGAAAGCUAGUAUGUCUUGAUAUAUAAAGAAUUCAUUAAAAAUUAAGAAGUCAAUACAACUUUUUCUUAUGGGUUUUCCUUCUUCAGUACUAUGUGGCUUAGCUGUGUAAGUUUAUGUGACCUUAAGUUCUAACAGUUCUAAUACUUCAGGGGAAGGAUAGAGGCAAUUAAGAGUUUGUAUGUUGCUAAAACUAGGAGAGUGCUGUUAAAAUAAAUCUUUAUUUUCUCAUUUUACUUUAACAAUAAAUUGGCUUCACUUCUGCUUUCUAUGAGAAGUGGGCUGGUAUCUGCAAAAUUAACUGAGAAUCUAAAGAUGCUUCUUUUUUCUAGUUUAAACAGGAGGCAAAUGUUUGGGACCAUAAGGUAGGUUGUCAGGCAUAAGAGCAUUUACCUCAUUCUCCUUCUCUCCUUAAAUGUGCUAAUAAAUACUAAGGUAUAUAUGGGAAUUGCUGGUAUUAUUACAUUUCUCUUUUCUGACUUACCAUCUGUAAUGAUUUAGUGAAUCUAUGUAUAGCUUAGAGUUCUGGAUAAAGUAAUGAAAUUGAUUUCCCAAUGUAUUUGAAGUCUUUCCGCAGUCAUUGCCUUUUAUCAUUGCAGAGCCAUUAACUAAUAGUUUCCAUCCCAGGACAAUGGAGUGGCUAGAACAUGAGGGAAAAUAUUUCUCUAUAAUAGAUCUGCAAGAAACUCAUGUCUACAACAGCUGGAUCUUGCAGAAGCAGAGUGUAGAAAUCAAAUAUUUGUUACUAUCAUUUUAGGAGGAGUGAGGGCUGAUAAAUGAUGAGAGGCAUGCACAUAGUCAGAGAGAAAGAACAGAGAGGUGCUCUCUAGGAGAGGAUUCUUGUUUAACUGUGAGACCAGCUGAAGAAGAAAGUGUAAAGUAUUGAAAACCAGCACGUCAGUUUGGAUAAGAGUCCAUAUGCAGCAGGGAGGGGAGGAUCCUGGCACCCUUCAAGGACCCUGACAUUAAGCCUAAGGGGUGAUCUAGACUGGUAAGAAGAAUAAAUUAGGUGAACAUUAGAUUUGUCUUUUAUCUAGCUCUGUUUUUCUUGUGCUUCUGCAAUAAAGAUGAGUUUGUCUCAGAAUCAAGAACAGGUGUUUUGUUUGCUUUAAUUAGCAUAUCACUGUUAAGUGAAUUGUAAAAUCACUAUUGCUGUGGUCAGAGUUGGAGGAAAGAGUAUGUGUAAGCUACCUGGAAGUCAGAAAAGUUCUGGGCAAGUCCUGGAAGCCUGUAGCAGCAUUGCAUGUGAUUAAAGAGGAGGAGAGGCUGUGCUGACAAGAUCCCAGCCUAACCCCAACCUGGGAAAACAGGAGCUGGCUAUUGACCCCAUCUGAGGGACCUCCCUGAAGAACUCUUGAUAUGUAGUGCUACCCCUUGAGAUGGCUGGCUGUGGGACUGUUCAAAACUAUCUCACAAGUAGGAGUGGAGAGUUUUCAGAACCAUGCACAAAGGGCAGUGAUCUGAUGCUGGCUCUGUAGCCCAGCUGGGAGAGGUGCUGUUGUGUGAAAGGUUUUAUUUAGGUGUUACGUAGAUCCAAAAAAUGCCAAGAGUACAAUUUAAGUUUGGAGAAAUGAAGGUUUGCAAGAAACUGGGAUAAUGGAAAAUGAGCUGGGAGUUCUUGACUUGAUCUGCUUAAGGGCCUGUUACCUGUUGUGCCACCUUGUAGAAUCGGCAGCUCCAGCUUAGUUCCCAUGAUUGCCAGAGCAAGAGGGGGACGACUGGAAACCUGAGUGGAUUUCAAAAAAGCUGAGCUCUCAGUGUUUACUCACAAGGGGAGAAAUAGGAAAAACAUUUCUCUCUGUCUUCGACUUAAGAACGCUUGUGCCACACACAGUAAGCAGUUCCUUCCUCUAGGGCGAUCUGAAUUCAGUUAAGAAACUGUAAGCAUCAGAUUGUUUUGGAGUUAUUUCUGUUUCUCCACAGGAGCAAUUAGCAGUACCAGGCUCCAGUAUCCUGCUCCCACUCACACAGGAGAUACAGCUCCCCCGGCACUGAGUGCGUGUUUAAGCACUUAUUCUUACCACCGCUACCCCAUUUCGGCAGACUGUAGACACUAAUGUUUUGCGUCUGUGACUUUGAAGGAAUGGAGAGGGGUAAGAAAGAUGUAAUGCAGAAGUUGAGAGUGAAGGAAACUAGUAACAUACUGCUUCAGUUUAUGUAUCAGUGAAAAAACUGGCAUGAAGUCUGAAGAAUAGCCUAGAAUGGCCCUCAGGUAAUUUAGGCAGCAUGUUUUCCUUUGGUGAGGCUGAAUGCUUCAAUGCAAUUUAUAAGCUACUAAAGAAUUUUGUUUUUUUUUCCUCAGCAAGAUGUAUGGUUAUCUAAACAUUUUUUGAGAAUAAGGAAACCAAGAAGUAAAUCAGCAACUGUGUACAAAGGUUAUUAAUCCUUCAUUCUGUGCCACUACUGAGAUAGUUCUCAGGACGUUAGCAGAAAUGCUGUAAGGCAACAUUGUUCCAAUCAGGAAAAAUAGCAGAUAUAUUACAACCCUCUCAUUUCCCUAAUGAAUUCUAAAAGUACUUUAAACUUCACAUAAUAACUAAUGUGCAUUCAUCUUGACCCUUACAAGUGUGUAAUGAGUGCUAAACAGCAGUGUAGAUCACCAAUUAAAAUGGUGUAUGCUAAAAAUGUUGGUAGAAGAGAGACAGUGCUGCUUCUUACUGCAGGGGAGGAAAAAAAACUGUAGGAAUUAAAAUGGAUAGAUCUUCCCAUUUGUAAGUAGUUUAUUCAUCAUUUGCAAUCCAAAUAGGUUCUUCCAUUAGAAAAAAAUAAAGUCAGGUUUUGUAGAAAACUUGAACUUAUUUCAGAAGUACGUUAUAUCAAGCUGAUUGUGAAGAAUUGUCCCUGCAUUGUUAUCAUGGUUUAGCCCCAGCUGGCAGCUAGAGCCACAUGGUCACUCAGUCAUCCCUCCCUCACCCCUGUUGGGAUGGGGAAGACAAGUGGGAAAAUAAAAGGCAAAACUCAUGGGUUGGGAUAAAAACGGUUAAAUAGUGCAGAAAAAGGGAAAAUAUAACAACCAUAAUAACAAUGGAAGAGUGUACAAAAUGAAGGAUACUCACAAACUCAGAAAAAUUAUGUCCAGACUGCACCUGAGCAGCAAUCCCCUGAGUACCGAUCAUCAACAUCCUUGCACCAAACCACUAAUCCUGGAACAACAGAGAUCCAGAGAGCAGGUUGUGCUGAAACAUGAUCACAUGGCACCACCGGUCCAAAGAACAAAAAGCACCGCAGUCACGCAAGCAGGGAGUUCCUCCCCUCAGCCAGCCCCCCAGUUUAUAUUCAGCAUGAUCUUGCAUGGUAUCAAAUAUUGCUCUGGCUAGUUUGGAUCAGCUGCCCUGGCUUUGUUAUUCUCCCAGCUUCAUGUGGAAAUUAACUCUGCCCCAGCCAGUUCCAAGACAUUGUCAGCUUUCUGUGAAAAUUAUCUGUAUCUUGGCCAACUGAGCACAUUCCACCUCUUCUUCUGUACCAUUUGUGUCGUGCUCGGGUCUUACCAAUACGUUCCAGUUAAUCACUAGCAGUUUUUCUACGAAUAGAUACGGAUAUGCAUGCACAGGUAUUAUUCCCGUAGUCCAUCUUAUCUCUUUCAAAUGCUCAUUGAGUUCAUUUAGUCCAUGACCUUGGGUUCCAUCUGUCAUAACAGUCCCUCAGAGCAGGGAGGAUGUGGUGUGAUGUUAGAGUGUUGCUGUGGAGCAUGCACAGUUUGGAGAGGGUCUGCAAAGUGAUUUUAUUCCCAAAGUCAUGCAGAGGGGAGCAUCUGUUUUCUUCCAGUAAUGCCUCUACCUAGCAUGUCAGACAUUGCUCCUGUCCCUGCACUAGUGUGGCUAUCUCAUUCUCAGGUAGCAACUAGAAAAAGAACAACUUAUUACCAUCUUAGUUUUUGUUAAACGUUUGAAGUACUGUUACUCUCUCAGUAGUCAUUUGGGGCCCAGAGAAAUACCUUUUAGCACAUUCCUCUUGUGUAUCCACAUAACUUGAUAAUUGUACUUUAUAUGAGCCUAUGUCUGAUACUGCUACAUAGAUAAGACCAGGUUCAGUAGCAACCUGUUAUUCUGGAUUUAUAAUAGACGUGAAGCAUCUUUUCCUUCAUAUGUCUUCUUCAUUAGAGGUGUGGGAAGGGCUGCAGCUGAACAAUACAGUCAAUCUGGAUUUUGGACAGCACCAUCAAAAUAUUUGCAACUGCACAACAGAAAGUGCAGAUCAAGUACAAACCGCCUUUGCUAGUUCAAAUUUGUUCUAGAAAUAUUGACAGAAAAAAAUUGUAGAGCAUGCUGUAGAUAGGAUCAAGUACUGAUAGUCAGCAGAGCUGCAAUCUGCUGCAUGCAGUAGUCUGUCAUAUCUUAGCUACUAUGAAAACAACAGGUACGGUGAAUUCUCUGUGGUGUGAUUUGAUUUGGCAGAUAGGUUGGCAUAUGCCAGUUUGAUCCAGGUUGAACUUCUGUUGCUCCAUGACCUAGUAUUGUAGAGAUCCAAAUUUAAUGAACGGAGACCCACUUUUUUAGGCAGUUCAAUAGUGUUGCAUAGUUAAAGAUGGUUAGUGUUCUGUUUUUGACAUUUUGCUUGUAUUGGUAUGCUGUAUACAUAAUUUACACAAACCCUGUAAAACUGUUGUAAAAGUCAUGUAGUUCUGUCAGAUACUCUUACUGCUUUAAUUCAGAUUUUUCUUUUUCAUAAAUCGAGCCUUGACAUCACUUUCCUCUGUAUCUCAUGGAAACAUAGCAAUUUCUAGCCCAGAUUUCUAACAAAUUUAAGUUCAACAUUUCUUCUACCAACAGGUGACUUCCAGCCUUGGUGUCACUUCGUCUUGUAUUUUACUGACUUUUCUAAAACAUCUUGAAGCACACUGGAAUGUCUGAAGAAAAAUGUAGACUUAAAAUACAAAUUUUUGAUACUGAUAAAUUAUUUCCUGGGUACUUUGUAGCGUCAUAUUUUAUUACUGUUGUAUCUCCAAGACAAAGUCUUCCCAAAUUGAUUUUACUGCAUGAAAAAAGAUUUAUUGUAUAAAAUUUCUACCAAUAAAUAAGCUGACAGGGCUGGGAAUUCAGGGAAGGAGGAGGUGGGAGGAUGGGAAGUGCCAAGAAGGCAUGUAUUGCUGUUAGGAGUGCUGGACUUUUCUCAUUAAAAAAAAAAAAAAAAAAAAAAAACAGAA